GGCGGGCGCGCAGCUCCACUGCGCUCGGCUCAGCGCGGUCCGCGGCUCUGUUCAUUCAUGAUUGGUACUCGGCCCCGGGAGACCCAGCCCGAGCGCCGGGGAGGGGAGUCGAGCGUGCGGCAGGAGGGGCGGGCGGAGCGCGGCUCCCGCACCGCACGCGGCGCUCGCUCGGGAGCCUCGGCCGGGCGGGCGCGCCGGCCCCUUGUCCAGCGCCUGGCAGGCUUCGGGGCACUGUCCUCGGCCCUUGGCGAGGGUAUCGGCGGGGCCCGGUUCCGCAGGCUCGCCGCGAGCGGCUGGCCCUGUGAGUCAGUGCAUGUGCGGGGCUGUAGGAAAGAAAGGCUCCCAGUGCCCCAGCCCCACGCUCGCUGAAUACCAAGCUGCAGGCGAGCCGCCGGGUGCUUUUCUUCCUCCUCCAAUUCGGAGUAGUCUAUCCACACUGAUUUCUUUCCAGGGGAGGGGAGGGAAGGGGCAGGGCCCCGGGUCCCAAGUCGCAAGCAAGUCUUCGCUGCCAUGGGGGCUGUCAUGGGCACCUUCUCAUCUCUGCAAACCAAACAAAGGCGACCCUCUAAAGACAUCGCCUGGUGGUAUUACCAGUAUCAGCGAGAUAAGAUUGAAGAUGAGUUGGAGAUGACCAUGGUCUGCCACCGGCCAGAGGGACUGGAGCAGCUUGAGGCUCAGACCAACUUCACCAAGAGGGAGCUGCAAGUCCUGUAUCGAGGCUUCAAAAAUGAGUGCCCCAGCGGUGUGGUCAAUGAAGAAACAUUCAAGCAGAUCUAUGCUCAGUUCUUUCCCCAUGGAGAUGCCAGCACAUACGCCCAUUACCUCUUCCACGCCUUCGACACCACCCAGACAGGCUCCGUGAAGUUUGAGGACUUUGUAACUGCUCUGUCGAUUUUACUGAGAGGAACCGUCCAUGAGAAACUAAGGUGGACAUUUAAUUUAUAUGACAUCAAUAAAGAUGGUUACAUAAACAAAGAGGAGAUGAUGGACAUAGUCAAAGCUAUCUAUGACAUGAUGGGGAAAUACACGUAUCCUGUGCUCAAAGAGGAUACCCCCCGGCAGCACGUGGAUGUCUUCUUCCAGAAAAUGGACAAAAAUAAAGAUGGCAUUGUGACUUUAGAUGAAUUUCUUGAAUCCUGUCAGGAGGAUGACAACAUCAUGAGGUCCCUCCAGCUGUUCCAAAAUGUCAUGUAACUGCGGAGACAGCUCUCAGAGACGUUGUACUAAACCACCACCUUAACACCUUGAUCUGCCCUUGUUCUGAUUUUACACACCGAGUCUUGGGACAGACACACCUUUUACACUUUGGAAGAAUUCUCUGCUGAGGACUUUCUAUGGGACCCAGCAUCACGCAGCUCAGUCUCUGAGCGCCAACUCUUCCACCUCCCUCUUCAUGAGAGAGACAAGAUGAAAUUGGGUUUGUUCCGGAAGCAUGCUCAUUUCUUCACACUGCUGCCCUGUGGAAGGUCCCGCUGCUUGAGCUUCAUCAGUAGUGCACUUUUCUGCUUGCGUGCCCCGCCUACUGCUUCCACGUCCAGCAGACCUUGAUGCAUCUGGAAGCAAGAUGACCUGAACCAAAUGCACUCCAUCCUCUGAUGGCCUCCCAAGCCAGAGUGCCUGUUUCCCUUCCUAGGGGGGAAGAAUGAGCAUUAUACAGAACAGAUAAGAUCUAUCAUAACUAGAUGGGGAGAGCCAGCACCUAAGAUAAGUACGCUCGGACUGAAUUAUGAAGCAUGGCAUUGAUGACCCAGACUGCCCAUGUCCUUUGUUUCUGGAGGCAGGACCAGUACUUCUCUCUCACACUAGCAUCCGUGCUGGUAGUACAAGUCCCUUAACAUGCCCAGGAAGGGGGCUAAUGUCCAUGGUCCCUGCCUCCACUCCAUCUCCCACUAGAGCCCUGCACUGCAUGUCCCUCCCAGAAAGCCCAGAAUGUCUGCAAAAUGCUGUAAUUUUAUACCAUGUUCUAAUCAAUAAAACCAAACUAUUUCUUACA